AACGUGCAACGGUUCAACAACAGCGAUCACAGCAACCACUUCGUGACGCCGUAGCAUUGAACACGCAAGAUGUCCUCCAAGCUGGAACUGUCAUGGCCGGAAGAGUGCCAGCAUGUGAUAUUCCGGGAGCUGGGCACGCACUACAUCCGGCAGGGUCAGUACACGGUAGCGACGAGCAAUUUCGCCAAAGCCAGCAAGGCGAAUCCCGGAGCGGUGGAAUGCCACUACCGGAGGAGUGUCGCACAGUUCCGGAACUCCGAGCUGAAAGAUGCCCUGGCGAGUGCUAGAGCGGGACUUGCCGUUGAGCGGGACGAGCAAGAUCUCCGCGGACGGGAUUUUGACUGCUCGCUGCAGGAGUGCAAGACCGCGUUCGAGUUGGACCGGUUCGAAGAACACGUCAAGGUAGCGUCGAACAGCAGCCCAGCCUUUGGAGGUCACCGGCUGAAGGACAUCCAAGCCGAGAUCCGACUAGCGCAUCGAAAUUAUGAAAACGCGCUGGGAGAUCGAGCGGGACCAUGUCUGUACCAGCAGCGCAAUCGCCUGAAGAAGAUCGCCGUGGAGCGGGAAGCUGCGGCGCACGUUGAGACAAGACCAUCUUGGAAGAUCAAGCGGGACAGGAAGGAGUGCGACGCGGUUAGUGUGGCGGAAGUCGUCAUCAAGCAACCGCACAUCCGGGAGAAGAAACGUAAGGAGAAGAACCUGAAGGUUCUCGGACAAGCUUAUCUUAACCGUGGCUGGAAGGACCUCGAGUUCAUCAGCUCUCUACGAAAAGGAGGCGCUUGGGAACAUACCGUCAACCUCUCGCAAGCUCAAGAGAGCUCCAAAAAGCUCUCAGACACCAUCGAAAAGUGUUACGAGCGAGUAGAUUCAGCCCUAAUCAGCAUGCAAUCCCGAACACCGUACUCCACGUACCGCAAUAAUCGCUUCGGCUCCGCCGAAGACGCCAAAUUAUCCGUCAUGGACACUGUCUUCAAAGCGCGCUACCAAACCUACCGAGACGUGCUGAACCAGCUGGAUCACAUGCACGAACUCCGCAAGCAAGGAAACCUAGAAAUGCUGCGCAUCUACGUGGGGGACGUCCUCUGGGACUACUACCAGAUCAAGACGGAGCGGGUGUUCCCCGACCGGUACAAGUACGUGAACGAGGUGUGCAACCUGGUGGGGCUGGCCAUCACGGACGGGCUGCAGAUAUCGCCGGUGCUGAUGGACGAACCGUUGAAGGAGCGGCUGGCGGUGCUGUUCGAUCUGCCGAUCGGGAAGGACGAGGAGGAGGUGGUGGUGCCGAUCUUUGGGGAUAAGUCGACGUAUAGGGAUCCGGCGGCGCCGGAUUACGGAUACAUUGCGUACAAGAAUCGCAUCUCCCGUCUGGAAAAACGCGUCCCGUACUCCCGCUACCCAAUCGAGCGAGCCUUCCUGUACCACGAGAUGUGCCGGCACCACCUGGACGCCGGCAAGCUGGACGAAACGCGCAUCAUGGCACGGAAGGUCAUCGACGAGGCCACCCAAAGCGGCAGUCCGCUGUGGAAGUUCCUCGGGGUGUUGGCCAUCGUGAAGGCGGACGCCCAGCAGAUGAACCUGGACCGGUUGGUGGACUCGCUGGAGGAGGCGGAGGAAGCGGUGCUGCCGCUGGAGGACGAACGCCUGCAGCAUGUCGUGCAGGUGGCGAAAUUGGUCAACAACAGUCUGAUCAAGGACAAGAACGCCAACCGACGUUCGUUCGAAAUCAACCGUAUUCAGCUGAGCUAGAAAUUACAAAAUGGAUGACUUAACACUUUGGUAAGCAAAUCCGUAACCAGCGUGCGCCAGUUGAUUCCAAAAUAUGCAUAUUGAAAACGUCGCUCGGCGCUAAUAAAACUCAUAAUUCCGGAUUAGCAGCGAUCAUAAUUUACAGAUUAAUU